GGUCCCGUGGGUGUGGGGGACCCUGCUGCCUCCCCACAGAGCUGCCUGGUGGGGGGGCUCCUGAGUGCCGUCUGUCCAUGGCUGACAGCAUCAGUGGGUGUGUGGGGGCUGCAGGCAGCAGUUCCACUGCUCUGUCCGAGGCAGUGGGAGGCCUUGGUGCCAAACUGGCAUCCCUGGUUCCCCUGCUAAGGCAGAAGGAUGCUUCACUGCCAGAGCCUUUUCCCGGUGAUUCCCACUCUCCUUUGGCAGGAGCAAGGCCAAACCAUUCUCCCCCACCUGCGCCUGUACCUGUUGAGCCGCGGCCGCCCUUGCAGGCUCCAUGUGCCUGCUUGCCCGGCACCGGGGGGACUGUCCACCCUCACCAAGCUGCCAGCAGCACCGCUGCCAUGCUCACUGGCCCUGGCACACUGGGCUGCUUUGUCAGCUGGGGAAGACCCUGUGAGUCAGCGCUGCCACCAUGCAGCAGCUGUGACCUGCUGCUGCACCCCUGCCCCACUGUGGUGUGAACGCCCCACUUGUGCUGACAAGCGCAGGGUGCAGGGGAGUCCCUGGGCCCUUUUCUCCCCAGGCCUUUGGCCAGAUCUACAGCAAUGGGGCUACUGGGUGUAAAUUCACCCCCAUCAGCCACCGCUGUGAAACCAGAGCUUGCCGGCAGGGACACAACCUGCCGGCAUGGGAGCACCUGUAUAGGGGUCAGGACCAGCUGCUGUUGUGCGGACUGGGAUGUCGGUGCUGCUGGCACUGGCUCAGCUCCAGCUCUGUCCCAUAGCCCCAGCCAUGCUACCACAUGCUCCUAGCCAGAGGGUGCCAGGGCUGAUUUGGGAAGGGAGGACACAGUGGCCAGGGUUUGCCUGGUCCCUGUCUGUCAGUCCAGUGUGGGCAGGACAGGGCCUCUCCUGCCUGUGGGACGGCACUGCUGCUUCCAACCACCUGAACGGCACUGCUGGGGUGAAGCACCUUGCCACCCACGUGGUGCAGUGGGACAUGUGCUGCAGGUGCCAAGGUCUUGCCUCAUUUCAGCCAAGAUCCCAUGUUGCUUGCGGCGAGCAUGGGAUCCCAGAACAGUUCUUUGGACCUGACACUGGCAGGAGGCAUUGGUAAAUGUAAUGGGUAACAUAUGCGAGGUGAGCCAGUGGAUGCCCGUGCAUCAGGCAGGGUUGGUGCCACUGGGAAGGCUCUGGCCAGAGCUGCCUUGCCACAUUUCUGCCCUGGAGUUUGCCUAUUAAUAGCUAGUAUUUGGUCCCAGCACUUCUCUCAGCACCAGCCAUUAUAUCCACACAAUUGUGCGGCUGGAGCCAAGUUGUUAACAAUGCAUCACCGCCUCCGCAGCAAAUAGUACCUUCUCCGCGUGCAAACGCCCCUCAGGGAUGAGGAACACCGGUGAGAAGGAGCCAAGGGAACCUGAAGGCAGGCCAGCACACUGGCGAGCCAAGGAGGGCCUGUCAUGAGUGUGCCAGGUCUCACCAUGGACUCCAUGUUCUCCCUGGCCCUGAAAUGCCUUAUUAGCCUCUCCACCGUGAUCCUGCUGGGCCUCAUCAUUGCCUACCACACACGGGAGGUGCAGCUCUUUGUGAUCGACAAUGGAGCUGACGACUGGCGGAUAGCGAUGACCUAUGAGCGCAUCCUCUACAUCAGCCUGGAGAUGCUGGUUUGUGCCAUACACCCCAUCCCUGGGGAGUACAAAUUUUUCUGGACAGCCCGCCUGGCUUUCUCCUACACACCUUCUCGGGCAGAGGCGGAUGUGGACAUCAUCCUGUCCAUCCCCAUGUUCCUGCGCCUCUACCUGAUCGCUCGAGUGAUGCUGCUGCACAGCAAGCUCUUCACCGACGCAUCCUCACGCAGCAUCGGGGCCCUCAACAAGAUCAACUUCAAUACCCGCUUCGUCAUGAAGACACUCAUGACCAUAUGCCCUGGGACGGUGCUGCUGGUCUUCAGCAUUUCCCUUUGGAUCAUCGCUGCAUGGACAGUCCGUGUGUGCGAGAGGUACCAUGACCAGCAGGAUGUAACCAGCAACUUCCUGGGUGCCAUGUGGCUCAUCUCCAUCACUUUCCUCUCCAUUGGCUAUGGUGACAUGGUCCCACACACCUACUGUGGGAAGGGAGUCUGCCUCCUCACUGGCAUCAUGGGUGCUGGCUGCACGGCACUGGUGGUGGCUGUGGUGGCCAGGAAGCUGGAGCUCACCAAAGCUGAGAAACAUGUCCACAACUUCAUGAUGGACACACAGCUGACGAAGCGGAUCAAGAACGCGGCAGCCAACGUCCUGCGGGAAACGUGGCUCAUCUACAAGCAUACCAAGCUGCUGAAGAAGAUCGACCAUGCCAAAGUCAGGAAGCACCAGAGGAAGUUCCUACAAGCCAUUCACCAGUUGCGGAGUGUGAAGAUGGAGCAGAGGAAGCUGAGUGACCAAGCCAACACCCUUGUCGACCUCUCAAAGAUGCAGAACGUGAUGUAUGACCUCAUCACCGAGCUCAAUGACCGCAGCGAGGACCUGGAGAAGCAGAUCAGUGGCCUGGAAUCCAAGCUGGAGCAGCUCAGUGCCAGCUUCAACUCCCUGCCACUGCUGAUGGCUGACAUGCUGCGGCAGCAGCAGCAGCGCCUGCUCACUGCCGUCCUAGAGGCGCGGGGGGUUGGAGUGCCAGUGGGCACCCCCCAAACGCCUCUCUCUGAGAGCCCCAUUGGGGUUAGCUCCACCUCCUUCCCCACCCCUUACACAAGCUCAAGCAGCUGCUAAAAUGCAGCCCCUUGGCCCCCCGUGGACAGGGGAAGCAAUUUCCAUACAGGUCACGAGGUCUCCGUGAACUUUCUUCUGGUCCUUGAACCGCUGCAGGACCCUUCAGCCGGAACUGGUGGGACCAUCAGUGCCGAGCAACGCUUGGAGCUUUGCCAACGCCUUGGUAUCGGGAAUCGCAUCCCUGUUCAGGUGCCUCUACACGUGGUGAAGGAAAGGGGACAGGAGGUGACGCCUCGGGCCAGCCCAUGCUGUGGCGUCUGGUGGCAGACAGAAAACCCACGCUCAAUCUCAGGUCUUCACAUUUGAAAACAAAACAAAACAUCAAGUCAGAAGCACUGAAGCAACGGAGACACCAGAGGGAGAGUUUUUCUCUGUGGGGCGCUCCCCUCUCACCACCGCCAAGCCCCACCAGGCAGAUGCCAAUGUAGGGAUUCCUUACACAGGCUCUGGCCGAUGCUGCCCAUGCUCCAUCCCAUAUCCUUGCCAGGACCCACAAGAACCCCCCCUCACAUUGCCAGCUGGGUGACAGUUCCUGGCUGUAACCUGCCUGGGGGGUUCUCUGGAGCUCUGAGUGUUUUCUGUCCGGGGAAGAACAAGGGACACUUCUUUCUGGUCCUCAGUGUCAUAUCCUGUCUGGAGACAUGUGCCAGAGCCGGGACAGCAGUGCCUACAGCGUGCAGGGCCGCGCAGGGCUGCCCCUGGCCAACGCACCGGUGGCCAGUGAUGGGGCUGGCGGGCCAGCCCUGGCGCCAGAGAGUCUUCAGGUGCUCACAUCACCGCCUUCUGGGAGUCCCCCAACACUUUGAGAAGGCAGUGGGUUCUUUGAGGCAACCUCAGAAGUACUGGAUGGAACACUCCAUCAGCUCCAACCAUCUCCACUUGUACCAGGAACAUCCACACUCGAGCCCAGCUGGCAGUGUUGAAUACACCAGGGCCAAGCGGGAUCUCACUGGCAAGUGAUGUGGUAGCCAGGGUGGGUGCUUCAUCUGUUUAAAACAAAGCCCAUCGCCUUCAUGCCACUUCUGCUGGGUUUGGUGGGGAGCAGCAGCACCCUCUGGAAUCAUCUCGGCAAUGGCACUGCCACUCAUGCCUGACAAAGUGCAGCCCCUCAGGCUCCAUUUUACUUUUUUGCUGGUGUUCAGCUUUCUGAGGUACCCUGGGCAUCAUUUGGCUGCUUCUGGAACCAGCUACUUUCAGUUCUUCUUUCACCGUUUCCCCCUUUUUCCUCCUCAGUUCUGCUUUCCUGAGUCCAUGCAUGGAGCCGUGCAGGGCUCUGACUCUGGGGCUGGUGUUUGCUGCUUUCCAUGAAAACUCAGCAGAGAAUAUUUAUAUAUUUUUAAACAGAUGAAGGAACCGCGUAAUUACUCUGUGCUAUUAAUUACACCUCACCCAGCAGUGUCAGUAAUUGUAAUCAAAGUCACUGUGUUACACCAGGUAUACUCAGCCUGUAAUGUUAUUCUUUGUAACUUUUUCCCUUCCAUAAAUAACGCUGAAUUUUGUGCACAUGUAGGGGCAGAGGCACACCACCCUCUCACACCACCACCUCCCCACAGCCAAUGCCGAGGAAUUUCUUUGCUGCCGGUGGUGUGAGGUGGUUAUACUCCUUGUGCCCUGCAAUUAGAGUUGCAUAGAAAACAAGCAGUAGUUAGUGAGGAGGGCUGCCAGCCCACUGGCCCCAGGAGGAGGAGGACGAGGAGGAGGAGGAAGGCUGCAAGGCAACAGCAGGAGUUCUGUGACAUUAGCUCCCAGUGCUGCAGAGGUGUUGGUAGCAGGGGAGCAAGUGUGGUCAUCCCCAUCCUUCAUGUGGCCAUCGCUCCUGGUCCUCGGCCAGCAGGAGAUACUUGGCUUCUGAGAACUAACUGCUCUUUCAAGCUCUUGUAAUUAGUGUCAUUGAUCUCCUGGGAUGGCUGGGAGUGCCUUGGCAGCCCCCCAAGGUCUAUUUUUAGCCCAGCUGCUGCUCCCCGUGUGCCUACGGGUGCCCCCCAGUCCACCUUGUCCAGCAGAAGCUCCUGCCCAUCUCUGUUGGGAGGUUUCCAGAGUAACAAUGGAGAAAAGGUUACAAAUUCUGCGAAAGAGCCUGAAACCCAGCAUUUUCCCUGGCCUGCGGGCAGCCAGUGGAGAAAAAUGCUUCCUGGGCCUCAGAUAGAAGCAAACUGCCCAUGGAAUGUAGCUGUGCAUGGGGUGAGGUGCAGAAACGUGUCCUGGAGUGUCAGAGAGCCAGAGGAAGUAUAGAUACUCAAAGAUCGAUGUUGCCAGCAGGAAUCCAGGAACCUCCCUACAGGCUCAUGAUCAAGUCUGGGAAAUCCAACCGAGUGAGACAAGAGGCCUGCUGUCAGCUCACAGGCCUUGAGGUGCUAGAGGGGGGAAGGACCAUGGCGAGAGGGUUGGGAUCACAACCGGAGCAAGAGACCCUUGUCCUGGAGUAGAGCUGCUGCUGUCACAGGAUUUUGACAGAGCUGGGGAGGUGGAUCCCUGCACACCCCAAACCCUGCAUCCCCUGGCCUCAUGUCAGCACAACCUGCAUCCCAAUGACCCUUCUGCCUGGGGCCUGGCAGCCCUGGGUCUGCACCCUAUGCCCUGCAUCUUGCAUCCUACCCACCCCUGCACCCCCAUCCCACACUCACACACCCCCACCCCACCCCUGCAUCCUGCACACAUCUGUAUCCCCAUCCCACGCCUUGCAUCCCACCCACCCCCUGCAUUC